GGAGGUCCGCCGCAGUCGCCGCGCCACCCCUUCUGGCCCGACCAUGCCGCGCCUCAUCCUGCCAGUCCUACUGCUGGCUGCUCUGCUGGCCUCCGUCGCCCAUGGCCACAUCAUGUUCUCCCGCAACGGCUGCGGCUGCCUGCGCAACCCCGUGGCGCGCGCGCUGGACGAGGGCGAGCUGGGACAGCUGCGGAACUACGUCUCCGGACGCGGGGUGACGCACAGCAACGUGCUCACGGACGCGGCCCUGCAGGCGGUGUUCCGCUUCAGCAUCCUCAACAACUUCCCGGACGUAGUGCCGAACAACCGCGCUGGCGUCCUGCGCGUGGUGUCCCAGGGGUUCAACGAGCUCUCUGACCAAGUCCUGCCCGACGAGAAGCUCGUGGGCACGGUCGUGCAGCACCUGCGGAGCGGCGUCGCUGAGUUGACCACGAACAGGGCCAACAUCGACUUGCCGUCGCUGGUGCCGGCGGCGGCGGUGGUGCUGCACCAGCGGGGCGUCGACCUUGGGGCCGGCCAGCUUCAGCAGGUGCUCAGCAACGGACUGUCCGGCUUCCUGCAGUCGCCGGCUUUCCAGGAGAGCUACACUCCUCUCGCCCAGCUCGUGGCCUCCCUGGAUCACAUUGAUCACCACUUGCCGUCGAUCCUGGAGCUGGAGUCGCUGAGGCCGGUCCGCGCCAAACUGGAGUCUCGCUUCAACCUCGACAGCAAGAUCUUUGACGCCCGCUUCAAGCAGGCCGUCGACGCUUUCGAGUCCAACCGUCAGCGAAUCCUCGACAGCUUCAACACGCUCUCCUCCCGCGGCGCCGGCUUCGAGGUCACGAUCCAGUCCGUGAUUGAGAGGAUGACGGGGCUGUUCCCUGGCACGUCAAGCGCCACCUUACGCUCGGUGCUCAACCUGCUCCAGCUGUCGAACAGCGCCAGCGGACGGGCGAGGCCACAGGACCUGCUCUCCAUCGUCGCCAUUCCUCCGAUUGCGCCCAGCCUGCGCACCGUCGACGACGCGGCGGUGCGCCGGUUCCAGCUGCAUCUGCCGGCGCGCAUCAGGAUAAGCGUCCAGCAGGUGCGCGAGGCGUACUCGCUCUUCAUCAUCGGAUUGGCGUCGCAGGGCGUGCAGCCGCUGGAUCUGGUCGCGACGCACCAGCUGUUCAUCAGACUCACACAGCAGGCGUUCCUCGUGAUACCGGAAUACACGACGGAGAACUACUUCCUGUACGUUCUCCGUGUGGCGGUGUCCCAAGUCCCGCGCGGGUCCGCAGGGUUCUCGCUGAGAAUCUUCGACCCGACCGUCGUGGUCGACAACGUGCUGGUACCGGAGCCGCUGCAGAACAUAUACACCGAGGGCCGCAAGACUAUCAUAGAGCGCGAGAGCGGCCUGCAGGGCAGCAGCUUCGACAUCAGCAAGAGGCUGGAGCGCGGGGAGGGGAACAAGCCGUUUGUCACCAACACCGUACAGCUGCGGCCGCCGAUCCGCAACGGUCCUCUGCCGAGGUACGAUCCGUUCUCCUACGGCGGCGUUGCGCUGUCGGGUGAUGAGUUCCGGCAGGUGUCUCAGGUGCUGAGCGGUCGCUUCAGUGCACUUUCGGGACGCUCGCUGCAAGAGCCGAUCCUGCGAGUACUCAUCGAGGCGGGCGUAGUGAGCGGCAGCGGUAGCGCUGCGGCCGCCGGCUUCAGUCGCUUCUUCAGGGGCCUGCCCAGCUUCUCGGCGCCCGACAACCUGGGGGCCCUGCUCAGCAGGCUGAGCAGCCUCAGCUCCAGUCUGCAGCUGACGAAGCCGCAGCUGCUGGGCGGACUGCAGCAGUUCUUCGUGACGUCACGCGCACUCGGCCACAUCAUACCCGCGCCCGCGCUACCGGGCGUCUUCUCAGCCGCGGUCGGCCAGUUCGUCAACACGGUGCCGCAGGUGAGGUCGCAGCCGUUCGACAUCGAUUUCGUGCGCUAUCUGCGCAGGCGGCUCACCGAAAUCCUGCAGCAGGUGGUGCUGGUCGGCAACUCGGUGCCCGUUAUCGGUAGCCAGCUGGACAAGAUCUUCUCGGGGCUGCACGGGCUGCAGAUAAGCCCCCGUGCACAGCGUGCCAUUAUCCGCUUCAUCGACUCUGGAAGGCUCGUCCAGGCGCCUGGAGCCGACGCCUUCGCCACCGGCACGAGGCGGCUGCUCGCGGGCCUGGAGCAGCGCUACCCCCGCGACGUAUUCGUCCUGCCGAGAAACGAGCGGCGGCUGCUGCAGGGCGACCUCCGUCGCUCGGGCAUCAUCGUCGGCGACCAGCAGCUGACCGAUGUCAAUGCGCUGGCGCUGGUCGGACUUGGCCUCAACAAGCGCUUGGACCCGCGGAUCAAGCGGGCGGACCUGCGUGGCAUCCUGCGCCGCGCCAUCGUCUCGUUCCUGCGCAUCAAUAACGUGAACAACAUCCCGACCAGCGACUUCUUCCGCUCGCUGUUUGCCGUGCAGAAGGCGCCGCUGCCGCCGCUGCCGGUGCCGGUGGUGGGGCAGGACCAGCGCCCCGUGCCGUACACACCGGCUCCGAUCCCCAUCAUCGACGACCUCACGCUGCCGCUGGUCGACGUCAACCGACUGAUCACGCUGCUGCGUCGCUACUUCCCCUUCGUCUCCAUCGACAACGUGCAGGCGAUCCUGGUGCACGUGGUGGAGAUCCGACGAGCGGCGUCCGUGUCGAUCACGCAGGGCAACCUCCUGGGGGAGCUGACCUCGUACUUGAGUGGGCUGCCCAAGUCUCUGGCUAUCCAGGGCGUGGACAUCGAGGAACUGCGGAAGAAGAUCGAUGCCAGCUUGGCGGAGGUCACCAUUACGGGCAACGGCAUCCAAUCGGGCCUGGUGGAGCUAAUGCUGCACCUGCACUAUCUGAACCUGCCGCUGCCGACGCCGGCCACCCAAAACGAGUUCUUCAGCUUCGUCAUCAUCUUGUACGGGCGCACUGUCAUACGUCAGCAGCUGCGGUUCGGCGAGCCCUUCUACAAGUUCCUGCAGGAGACGCUGCCUGGUUUCGGCAGCUCCGUAGCGCCAUUCCCGAUCUUCAGCGCCCCGCAGCUGUACCAGGCACUGGAAGGGCAGCUGAGCCCUUCGAGGCUCGUGCUGAAGGACCUGCCACUCUACAUCCAAGCGGUCAUCCAGUCCGCCGGGCUGCAGGGCACCCAGGUGAGCCUGCCAACCGUGCUUCAGAGAAUCAACGGCAUCUCGGCCGGCAAACUGGGCCCGCUCUCCCAGGCAGAGGCAAAGGGGAUCCUCGGCCGUCUGCGCUCGGCCAGUCUCGGUGGCAUCGGUGCGCCACAUGUGCAGCGUGCCUUCGACUUGUGCAGGCUGGCGGUGCGCCUGAGCGGCGGAAGUCUGGGCCGGAGCGCGCUGCUGCACAGGUUCGGCCAGGUGGUCGUGGUGAUCGUGCGCCAGUACAAGAGCCUUCUGGUGCCGCAGCUGGUGCCGCACCUGGUGCGCCUUGGCAGUCCCAAGCAGUUCUCGUUCAAGGGCUGAGUCCGCAGCGCUGCAGGGGGGGAAGACGUUCUUCCGGCGGAGGGUCUCGCCGUCACUGUGUCACGUACCAGCCGGUAAAAUAUUUCGGGAUGCUGUUAGCAUGUGCUGUGGGCGGUGGCGUGGUGUUAUCAUGUAGCAAAUAAAAUUAUAUUGGCACAAUCA